AUGGAAGUGUAUUCUCCUCCUAUUGCUAGAGAAAGCAGAAAGCGGGACUUUCGAAAUAUAUGGAAUGCCAUUCGAGGUAAAGAUCCAACCGACAAACACCAACAUUUAGGAGACAAGAAAAAUAUGCAUAAAAGCAGGCUUAGGAGAGUUUUUUCAAAAAGAGAACCUUCUAAAAAGAAAUCGCCUGUGGCACUAUUUUUGCAACAAGGUCAAUUAGCAACUGGUCAACGACGACGAAGACGAAGGAAACAAUCUUAUUACUAUCUUGCAUCUGAAAAUGCCAAAAUGAACAAGAAAAACAGAAGGCGACUUGAACUUGUACAAAAACAAGAACGACGGGCCCGGGACAGGCUGCGGCAAGGGAAACGAGUGCGAAGACAUGCACUGAAAACUCAAAGACCCAGUGCUUUACUGGGUGCUCCAGAGAAUUUGGACUCUGAAGUUGAUUAUGAUAUUACUAGUAAUAACAUUGAGCGAAAGAAGUCAAUAUUUAGACAAUUUUUAGCGCGUCAUCGUCGUCGCCGCCAAGAAGAACGUGGCAGCAAAAAAGAGUCUUUACGGCGCAACAGGUUUCGCAAAAAUCAAAGGCUAAAUAGACAUGCAAUCCUUUUGAACAACAAUAUUAACAAAAAUAAUGCAAACCUUGUACCACCCACUGUAGAUGAACUUGCCAAGGAUGUGGAAAAAACAAUCAGCACGGCAUCUUAUAUUCAAAAAAAACGAAGUUCACUAAACCCAGUGACAAGGUUGCGUGCGCGCAUUUUAGAGCACUACAUGAAGCGCAAACGAGACGCUGUGGUGGCCCUAGUAAAGGCGCCAAUUGAACUUGUUUUGGGCCGCAAUGAGCAAGUAUCGCGCGUCGUGCAGUUUGCUGUGGAUGCGGCUCAAGCUCCCAUUUGGUGGUACUUUGGUGGUGGUCGGCGCGGACUCAAGAACUUGCGGCACGGGCGCAUUUUUGGUCGAGGCGAUGCGUAUCUCUUUGAUUGUCCUUUGUUCAACAAUAGAUAUGGCAUGGAAUUGAGAGAGUCUGAUGAAUAUGCUGAUACUUGGCUAAACAAAAAAAACGGGCGGUAUAAUGGUAAAAAACGACACAAAGGCCGCCGAAGAACAUUGGGCGCAGUCAAGUCUGUGGUUAAACAUACGUCGCGCGGAAUUGGAGGAAAGAUAUUCAAGCCCAAGAAGGUUGAGCCACGGCAUAAGUUUGCAGUAUUUGCCGAGUGGUAA